AUGAUUCCACCUGGGGACUGCUUAUAUGCUGGGAGGAAGAGAAGGAAGCCCAUCCAAAAACAAAAACAGACAGCGGCCAGCCAGAAGACCAACCCGUCGAAGAGGCACCGUGACCGUCUGAAUGCAGAGCUGGACCGGCUGGCCAGUCUCCUACCCUUCACCCCAGACAUCAUCUCCAAACUGGACAAGCUCUCAGUGCUGCGUCUCAGCGUCAGCUACCUCCGGGUCAAAAGCUUCUUUCAAGCCAUCCAGGAGAAGCCUUGCAGAAAGCACAUCAUGGAGUCGCCUGUGAACCACCAGGAUACCAGGAAAGAGAGCCUGUCCAUGGGGACCCCGGGGACCAGCAGCAGCGUGGUGGAGAGUGACCUCUUACUGGAGUCCCUGACUGGGUUUGCCUUGGUGGUGAGCACAGACGGGUUGAUCUUCUACACCUCCACCUCCAUUGUUGACUACUUGGGCUUUCAUCAGACGGAUGUGAUGCACCAGAAUGUUCUUGAUUAUAUCCAUGUGGAGGAGCGGCAGGAGUUCAGAAGACAACUCCACUGGGCCAUGAACCCUGGGACCCAGGGGGCCUCCCUGGACCAGCACUCAGCCACAGGAACUGGUGAUGACUUUGUGAUGAGCAGUCUCUUUAACGCCCAGGAGCCUGACGGUGUUCCUCUAGAGCGCACCUCCUUCCUCACUCGCUGUUUCAUUUCCCGUGUCCGUUGCUUGCUGGAUAGCACCUCAGGCUUCCUGAGCAUGCAGUUCCAGGGCAGCCUGAAGUUCCUGCAGGGCCAGAAGAAGAAGACAGACUCCGGGGCGCAGCUACCCCCCCAGCUGGCCCUGUUCUGUGUGGCCGUGCCCCUCAUGAUGCCCUCCAUCACAGAGCUGAAGAUGAAGAGCAUGACGAUCAGGAACAAGAAAAAGGGCCCCGUCAACCCCACACCAGAUAAGCACAGUGACAAGAGGCAUCGCUCCACCAGAGGUUCAUGUGACAGCAGUGACUUACUGCUUCUGAAUUGUUCCAGCAGCUCUACCAGAGACCCCUGCCACUACACCCCAUGGACACCCCUCUCCAAAGACUGCAUCAGGUAUAGGAACAAUGGUUACUACACCCAGGAGGAGCCCAUCAACUUCUGCCUGUCUUCCAUGGGUGGUGGGCCCAAAGCUCAGAGCGUGAAUCAUCCAUGGGACAUCCGCAUCGGGUCCACCAUAAGAAAGGGCCCCAGCAGUAGCUACAUACCAUGGAGACAAGGCAAGUACAACAACCUGGGGAAGUCUGGAGCUUACAGGAUGUCUCCAGGAUAUCACGCUAAAAGACAGGUUGCCUCUCAGAACAAACUGUACGGAGGCCUCCACAGCCCAGAGGUGGAGAGCUUCUGUGAGGACGGCAUGAAGGCAGACAACAACUACAUGGGCGGCCAUCUUGACUGUUACAAUGGCAUGGUGUUGCCUGAGMCAGCCAUAAAGACAGAGCAGGACUCUGACUCUGAGAACGGUUGCAACAUCUACAGCAUGCCCCACAGCGGAGCCUGGGUGGGGAACGAGAAGCGCUACAGCAUGGGCUACUCAGAAGAACCACAGGUGAAGUCAGAGGCCGACUACUACGACCAAUACACCACCUGCCAAAGGAACAAGUCCAACAUGAGCCCAAUGCUCAACGGAUACCACAAAUACUUAUACCCAGUGGGGAGCAGGGCUCAGAAGGAUCAUAGGAUACCUCACUCAGACCCUCUUUGUAGCAGUCAUGGAGCAAACUGUAUGGACAGCAAUGUAUAUGGGAAUGGUACUGUGGAGCAUAAAGGGUACAUGCAGCAAGACAACAAACUGAACUACGAGUUCAGGAAUCAUCUGGUCCACUCUAUAAAGAGGGAACCCAUGGACUCACCUCCUUGGUCUGGCAAUGGACAUGACAUUAGCCAAAUACCCAUGCAGAGAAAUAUGAUUCACAAUUGUGCAUUGAAUGAUAUUGUACACAAACCAAACCCAUAUAUCUACAUGCAAUGAGGUCAAUGGAAAAUCUCUUAAACCAUCUGGGCACCACCUUGCUUCUUUAUUGUAUUGAUGCAUAAUAUGGCAGGGUGGGUAGUUAUUUAUACUCAACUCAGGUAAUCAACAGUGUUAUAAAGCAAAAAUAUAUGGAAGCAAGGAGAGGUGUUUUUAUAAGGACUUUGUACAUAAGACACACAAGAUAAAUAUAACUUUUUUCAGAUUUACAGUACCAGUGAAAAGUUUGGACACCUACUCAUUCCAGGGUU